UACAAAAUAAAUUAUUAUUAUUUUUUUUUUUUGCAAUGAUUGGCAAUUGUUGUAUAUCAUCUUUAUCAAAAUCAUUUUAGUUAAAACUUCUGAAAUGAACACAACGAAGUCGAUCGCACUCGUUUUGAGUAAUUUCAUACAACUCCUACUCGUAUCCUGUAAUAGUCAUCACUUAUUGGAGGACUGGAAUAAAGUUACAAAUAAUGGCAUCGAUAUCCUGAAAAGUGAUAAUAUCCUUAAGGAAAUAAAAAAAGAGCAAUUAGCAUUAGCUCAACUACAAGCUACAAUAGAAAAAGAACUUAGAGCUCAAAAUACGCAGGAUAUGAUAAAGGUUUUAAGUCCGAAUGAUGUUUCCAUUUCUGACAAGAAACUUAGUGAAAUUGUAUUUAAUAUUACCAAGAAUUAUGACAAGUUAAAGAUUGACAACAUUGUUACUCAGACCGUCGAUGAAUUUGUUUCAACGAGAAAUUUGACCGAAAUCCCCGAUUUGUUUUGGAGCAUUUAUAAGAAAAAUGAAUUGGAAAGUUUCGAUAUUAUGCUGCGCUUUCAAAUUCAACUAUAUAAUAUUUUUAGUAGAAGGCAUUAUCAAAACGAGAACGAAUUUUUACAAAACUACGCCUACAGAUUGUAUAAAAUUAAAAACGAAAAUUUAUACACUUCAGCUAACAUGAGCUUAAAAUCUAGUGUGCACAGUAUUGAGAACAAAUUACCUGAAACUUUAAAAUAUUUGUACUUCAAGCCGUAUUUUUGUCUACUAAAUGUUAAAUUCGAAAACUAUAUUUAUACAGCUAUUCAGCUAAAAGCGGAUCCUGUAAGCCGCUACAUUUGGUUGUGGUAUGACAAUGAAUCUAUGGAUGAUACUGGCUACAUAAAAGCCAAUGUUUCAGAUUGUAAUUCACAUAAUGAGAAAAAAUGUAAGCUUACUCUUAUGGACACUAAAUAUCAAUUGUAUUACUACAUGAUGCCAGACACACAUAAAAUUGCCGGUUGGGAUACUGUUGGCACCCCCUUAAAUUAUAUAUGGGAUCUUGAUUUUGUGGAUAAUGAUUAUGUCAUAUUUUCUCAAAAUGAUUAUUUGAUGUGUGGCGUAGAACUGUACGAUGACGAGAGACGCAAUGUUGGUGGUCGUCAGAAGGGUGAAGUGUUGUCAACUAGUCCUGAAUGCCGGUGGCGUUUAGGAGAAUGUUCAUUUGAGUGAUAUGUAUUUUUUUCUUUUUUUAAUAAAUCUUAUGAGAAAUUUAUGUAUUGUUUCUAGAUAACGUGCAGGCACUUUGAGUAACAUUUUCAUUUGCAUUUUGUUUCUGUUACAAUAACAAAUUACAAGAAAAUUUGCUACAAAAAUACUCACACGUUAUCUAUAAACAACGCAUUAAAUAUAAUUGUUAAAAUUAGUUUAAAAUUAAUAUUGUUUAUUUUAAAGUAAAUUAAAUCAAAUAUUUUUUUUAGUUGACUUAUAUGGGAGGUACCGCUCCCCUAUUGGUAGUCCUCCCAUUUGUUAACCAAAAUCUUGAUAUGAAUGUUAAUGUUAAUCUUGCAAAAUUUAUUUUAUCAAAUAAAUCAAUAUGAUAUAAUAUAUAUAAUAUGGUAGGUGCUGUCAAAUUGUUUUAGGACUCUAGCUGUGGCAGUUUCUGAGAUAUGCGUCUUUAAAUACUAAUUUUUUAUGUGGGCGUGACUUCUUGCCCAGUUGAAAAUUUAAAAUAAAAAGUAUAUCUAU